GCUGCUAUUUUAACGUCAAAACAAUCGGGUCUUUCGUAACGUAAAUCAAAAACACACGGAACUACAGUAGUCGCAAAUUGCAGUGGCUGCGAAUGAUGUUUGGCACUCGCUGCCUGCGCCAGUGCUACGGUCUCCGAAACCCGGCCGUUCCCUGGACCCACAAAAUCCAUGGCUCCCACAAUUCCCGCAGAGAUUUUGCAGCUCUGUGCCGGAUGAGAAGCCAUGGAGUGGGUCACCAAAAGUACGGACUUCGUUUUACCCAUGGCAAGGGGGAGACGGAGGGUGGAGCGCUUAGUUUCAUACUGCUGCGAUGGACAAAGAUCGCGUGGAGCAACAUGUUCGGCAAGUAUCUGCUCGUUACGAACGUGGUGGGCUCCGGACUGCUGAUGGUCGUGGGCGAUGUGAUAGCCCAGGAGUACGAGUACAGGCGGGGAUUGCGGCACCAGGACCGCUUCGAUACGGAUCGCAUGUACCGGAUGUUUGUGGCUGGUGCGCUGCAGGGACCUCUUCAUCACUACGUGUACAACUGGAUGGACAGGGUAAUGCCCGCUCGUACGCUGAAGAACAUCUUCAAGAAGAUCCUGAUUGACCAGCUGGUCAUGUCGCCCGCCUGCAUCGUCAUAUUCUUCUAUUCGAUUUGCUAUCUGGAGCGCCAGACCCUGGACGCCACCAAUCAGGAGCUGAUCUCCAAGUUCCCGUAUGUGUACAUGCUGGAUUGGAUGACCUGGCCGGCGGCGCAGUACCUGAACUUUCGCUAUUUAGACACCAAAUACCGGGUGACCUUCGUCAAUGUGUGCACGGCUGUAUACAAUGUGCUCAUGUCCUACAUGAAGCACGACUUCGGCGUUCACCUGCCACUGGAGGAGAAGUUAGUUGAGUCCUCCGAGCAGAACCUAUUGCCUCAGAGUUCAACGACGAGUCCCGAAGCCCAGAAAGCCGUUUAAGACAGAACGAAUAGGAAUCGCGGAAUAGGUGUGAUAUCGAUAAGAACCAAAAUUAUUUAGUUAUUGUGAACACGAGUGUUAUUAUGUAAAUAAGAGGCUCUUAAUACCAAUAAAUAUGCAUGUUUAGUACACAUCUGGUCCUUCAACAGAAAUGCUUAACCAAAGAAUAAGACGAAUCAUUUUAAGUUAUUGCUAGUAGAUCAAUUAUAUUUAAUGUUUUAAAUUAUGCGUAUGACUAAAUCGAAACAUAUCAAAUGCAACCUCUAACUAUGUUAUCAGCCGAUAAAAUAAAUAUUUGUUUAUUCGAUAAGCGAAAUACACCAGUCUAGAGUGGUGAACUUAAAUAUAAUAGUCGUAACACACAAUGUGUAAGAUAGCUGGAAAAUUGUAUUGAUUUCAUGCUGCUGUAAUAUAGAUAUUGUAUAAAUGUUA